UCCUCCUGACAGCUGGAAACAUGGCAGACGAGCACGGACGGAAAUGGGACCGCUGCCUCGCAGAUACCGCCUUGAAAACAGCAACUGGCCUUGGUGUUGGCAUUGUGUUCUCCGUCCUUUUCUUUAAACGACGCACAUGGCCCGUCUCAUUUGGUUCAGGUUUGGGACUGGGCAUGGGAUACGCCAACUGCCAGCAUGACUUCAGGUCACCAUAUCUGAUUCAUGGACGCAUGGUUAAGGACCAGUAGUGAAGGACUAAAGAUUAUGAGGAUUUGCAGAGAAGUGUCUCAUCUGUUUUCUAUGGUAUCCUUGUUAUUUUGCUGCUCAUUUCUGUCCUGGCACUAAUGUCCAACGAUGCCUGCGUUAUGUUUAUCAAAGGGCAAUUGGUGUAUAUUUAAUAAACAGAUUAUAAAGAA